CUGAACUCCCCUCCCCCUCUGCUCAUCUGCUCCACAGCCUCGUCGAAACACUCCGACAAACACACGGCCGGAGAGACGAGAAAGAAACCUGAGAUACAGGCGAGACAAAGAUGAGAGGCACAGAACCGCAGCCGAUACUGUCUCGAGCAUGAAGCAUGACAGACUGGAGCGAGAGAUAGACAGCUAGAGGAGAAGGAGAGAACAGAGAGAGAGAGAGAGAGACGGGAGGGAUAUGGCCCUCUUACACGUCUCUGCAGUCAAGCUGCACACCCUGGACUGAAGACCAUGCUGGAUAAAAGCGAAGUGUCCACUCUCAGUCUACCGCCCCCCGUGAGCCAUGGGGGGUCAGACGGGAACAUCAGCGUGGAGACGGGGUCGGACGGGGCAGGCGGCGAGGUCCAGAGAACACGAGUGGCGCUGGAACACCUCCAGCAGAAGAUCCUGAAGAUCACCGAACAGAUCCGCGUGGAGCAGGAAGCCCGUGACGAUAAUGUGGCCGAGUACCUCAAACUGGCCCACAAUGCAGACAAGCAGCAGGCGUCACGCAUCAAACAGGUGUUUGAGAAGAAGAACCAGAAGUCUGCGCAGACUAUUGCACACUUGCACAAGAAGCUCGAGCACUACCACAAGAAACUCAAAGAGAUCGAGCAGAAUGGUCCUGCGCGCCAGCCCAAAGACGUCUUGAGGGACAUGCAGCAGGGGCUGAAGGACGUACGUGCCAAUGUGCGAGCGGGAAUCAGUGGUUUCGGAGGUGGAGUAGUGGAAGGAGUCAAGGGUGGAGUCUCAGCGCUCACGCACACCGCCGUCGUCUCGAAGCCUCGAGAGUUCGCCAGUCUCAUCCGCAACAAGUUCGGCAGCGCCGACAACAUCGCCCACAUGAAGGACUCUCUGGAGGAUGGGCACACGGAGGAGACGCCCAGAGCUCUGAGUGGCAGUGCCACGCUGGUCUCCAGCCCCAAAUACGGCAGCGACGACGAGUGCUCCAGCGCUACUUCUGGGUCGCCGGGUGGAAGCAACUCCGGCGGGGCGGGAGCGACAAUGGGCAGCCCUCGCCUGGACGGACAACACCACCACCAUCAUCACCAGCACCAGUCCUCGUCCUCCUCUUGGGAUGCCCUGCUGGAAGGCCUCCAGGAGAUCAAAGUCGGUCAGGUGCACAUGGAGGACGCCAUCGAGGACAUGAAAGCGCAGCUGCAGAGCGACUACAGCUACAUGACCCAGUGCUUGCAGGAGGAGCGAUACAGAUACGAGCGUCUGGAAGAGCAACUCAAUGACUUGACGGAGCUCCAUCAGAACGAGAUGAGCAAUCUGAAGCAGGAGCUGGCCAGCAUGGAGGAGAAGGUGGCGUACCAGUCGUACGAGAGAGCGAGAGACAUCCAGGAAGCAGUGGAGUCGUGCCUCACCCGCGUCACCAAACUGGAGCUGCAGCAGCAACAGCAGCAGGUGGUGCAGCUGGAGGGAGUGGAGAACGCUAAUGCCCGAGCCCUGCUGGGGAAACUCAUCAACGUCAUCCUGGCCCUGAUGGCAGUGCUGCUGGUGUUCGUCUCCACCAUGGCCAACUUCAUCACGCCCCUCAUGAAGACGCGCGCCCGGGUCGGUGCCACCCUGGCCCUCGCGCUCUUCCUGGUCACACUGUGGAAACACUGGGACUGGCUGGAGCUCUGCCUGCUGCCCAGCUGAAGACUACACGUCCAGAACUGUGACUCUAACUGAGACGCAUCCCGUACAUCGUAUCAGAAGAGGGUGAGACCUUGAAGGACGUAAGAGAAAGAUCCAUCCAUGGCCUGAAGGUGGUGCUAGACCAUGGCUCUGCAUUUCCUGUCUUUUCCUUCUGAAUGGGUGUCUGUUACGGCUGCGCGAUUGAUAAGAACAUGUAUCUCAUCGGUAAAACUGGUUCUGUGAUUAGUAGUGAAUCUCCAUCAGGUGCUUUCAGAUGGAGCGCCAUUUACUACACAGAGCUGUAGCUCAAUGACAAGCUACGCGAAAAAUAAAAAUAAAAUCGCAAGGGAUAUAAUCGCGCAAUUUUGAAUUUGAAGAAAUUGUUCGCGAUAAUAAGAGCUGUUUGCGUAGCUUCUCUGUGAACUACGGCACUGUGUAGUAAAUGCUGCUUCAUCUGAAAAUGCCACAAUUAAUAACGUUUUGACUCCAAACUUGCUUCGUGACGUCAGUCGAGCGUUUGGAAGUAAUCCUUCUGUGAGAUGAUGUGGCUUCUCAAAUAGAAUAAGACACGCAACAUAUUUCAAGCAGUGAUGAAGGUUGUGUCGAUUAGCAUUGCAUUACUAUAAUAACAAUUAAAAUAAGAAGAUUAAAUCUAAGAUGAAAGCAGUUGAAUCUUCUGUUUUUAAGAUAGCGCAAGAGAUUCUUCAGAUGGAGAUUAACCACUGAUCACAGCUAAUCUGUCUAAUCGUGAUUGUGAUUUCAUUUCUGUUUAUCGCGCAGCCAUAGUUUUGUUCCUUUUUAUUUAAGACCACUGAGCUCCCUUUUGCUUUAACUAAUGAAUGUUAAAACUGGUUCUUAGAGCGGAGACAAGACAUCAGAGUCUAGAGGAUGGUCUUCUGCUGAUGCAUGGCUUUCAUACCAACACAUGAUCCCAUUUCAGAUCCAGACAUCUGAAGAACUCUUUCAUGCUGACACCAAAACCGUCUCAAAUGUGCUGCGUUUGGUUUGUUUCGUCUCUGUGGAACUCAGUGUCUGUUAUUUAUGAAAUAUCUCAUCACGGAGGAGAAUGAAACUUUCGUCAUUUUACUUUGUGUAUUAAGUGAUAGGACGGAAAGGCAGAAACGUAACGUCGGUAGUCAUGAAUCAAUACUACAUCCGUCAUCAGAACAUUUUUGUAAACGCAGUAAUAGUGUAACACUCACUGUUAGCAUGGUCAUAUUUCUCAUGUUUCUAUCCGUUUGCUAGAUCACAACGCCACUGUAUUCUUCAUAAAUACAUUUGCAAAUACAUGCUA